AAGACUUAUAAGAUGUUAGCUCCUGGUAAACGCAUUUACUUCGGAUUUGCUCACUAGAGUGAAUAACAGCGUGAGGUUUGCUCUGUCAGAGAUCAAGUUUGUCCUACGCGAGUUUCCGUACGAGCAGCCGUCCAUAGGCAUUGGCGUCUCAUACUUCUCAGUAUGAAUAUUGUGGAGCCGUAUGAACCCAUCCAGCACCACUGGUUCUUCAACCAGCAGGUGGACUCGAAAGACUCCUGGCAGCCCUUUAGCAGUGAAGAUUCACAGCGGCUGGAGGAAGCGUACGCUCGAGGCAAAUAUGAUAAGGAUGAAGUUGUAGUGGCUACAGAUGGAAGGAGGUAUGAUGUUAAGCUACGUGAGCGCAAGCGUUACCCUGUAUAUUGGGAACAGAAGCCCACCGAGGUCAGACGCUGCUCCUGGUUCCACAAAGGCAGCAAAGACAUGAACUACACUCCCUAUACUGAAGAUCUCAGUGAAUUCCUAGAGGAUGCCUACAUGAUCGCAGUUACAUUGGAUGAAUGGAAGACGAAUUUGGAACUCCCAACAGGGGAAACUGUGAUCCUUCACAAUCCUAAGCUCAUGACUCAGUACCCCAUCAGCUGUAAAGACUUUCCCCCUUCCCCGACUGAACGAACUCAACCCAGGACACUGAAGAGAGGAGUUGAGAAUAUUUCAAUCGAGAUUCCAGAGGGAGAACCAGAGAUAGUAGACCACCUAGUGUUCAUGGUUCACGGCAUCGGUCCGGCCUGUGAUAUACGUCUGCGUGGCAUUGUCCAGUGUGUGAAUGAAUUUCGAAACGCCUCCAACAGCCUCAUAACCAGCCAUUUCAGGCCAAGUGGAGACUCCAGCAUCAUUGGACGGGUUGAGUACCUUCCAGUCAACUGGCACAAAGUAUUACAUGGAGAAACUACAGGAGUUGACAAAGACAUCGAGAGAAUCACUCUGCCCAGCAUUAGCCGACUGCGUCAGUUCAGCAACGACACCGUGCUGGACCUUUUCUUUUACAAUAGUGCGACGUACUGCCAGACUAUUGUGGACACCGUGGCUUCUGAGAUCAACCGUCUGCACAGCCUCUUCCUACAGAGGCAUCCGCAGUUCACUGGACACGUUUCCCUGUUCGGACACAGCCUUGGAUCAUUGAUCCUGUUUGAUCUCCUGACCAAUCAAGAAACCAGUGCAGAUGUCACAGAUCAUGAGCUACACAAGGACGCUCAUGUUAACUCAGACUGUGGUUCUUAUGAGAGCCUGGAGGUGGCGCUAAAGAGCCAUGGUUUGGAGGAGCACCUCAGUUUACUGCACAAAGAACAAGUGGAUCUGGAGUCUCUGAUCCUCUGCUCAGAGAAAGACCUGAAAGAUAUCGGCAUACCUCUUGGUCCUCGCAAGAAAAUGAUGAACUGUGUGAAGAAAUGGAAGAACUCCAGAAUGGGGAGUGGACGUGCAGCCAAAACUGAGACUAACUCCCCGAGUCUCGGGAUGAGAAACCCUCAUGACCCUCAAACCCCCACCACUAGUGCUGUUGAUUAUCAGCAUUUUGAUGUGGGCAUUGGACAAGUAUCCAUUGAUUAUCCUCAGUUGGCCUUUCAUCCUCAGGCAUUCUUUGCAGCUGGUUCACCCAUAGGAAUGUUUUUAACCGUCAGAGGUUUGAAGAGGAUUGAUCCCAAUUACAGCUUACCUACCUGCAAGAGUUUCUACAACAUCUUCCACCCAUUUGACCCAGUGGCGUAUCGGAUCGAACCUAUGAUUGUGCCUCAAGACGUUGACUUGCCGGCUAUGUUAAUCCCUCAUCAUAAAGGCAGAAAGCGGAUGCACCUUGAGCUCAAAGAAGGGUUGACUCGAGUCAGUUCUGAUUUGCUGGGUUCAUUACGAAUGGUUUGGCAGAGCAUUUCUCAGGUACCAACACCAGCACUUGCAGAAGGUGGAUUGAGUUCAAUGACCCCCACAGAUGAAGCAGAAGCAUGUCAGGUGGAGCAGGAGGAAAGGAACGUCAAGGUGGGAAUGUUGAAUCGUGGGCGACGGAUUGACUUUGUCCUUCAGGAGACGCCGAUUGAAAGUUUCAAUGAGUACCUGUUUGCCAUUCAGAGCCAUUUGUGCUACUGGGAGUCAGAAGACACUGCUCUGUUGGUUCUGAAAGAGAUUUAUAAAUAUUUUCAAGUGAGAAAUGCUCAGUUAUAAAUGUUAUGCACAUCAUGUAUAGUAUUGAUGACCUUUAAAGCCAGUCCAGUCUAAUGUGUGUCACACAUUUUUACCAAAUCAGUGAACAAACUACCUAAAAUAAUUAGAAUUAUGAAUCUGAACUGAACUGUUGGCAUUUGGAAGGCAUUAUCGCAGUAUUCUCAAGGCAGGCUUUGAGGCAUUUUUAUCCACACAACACUUUUUGUGCACUAAUGUGCAUUGUCAUAGAAACUAAUGUAUAGGCCUACUUACUGUAUGUAUCUUUGGUCAGUGUUUUCUAAUUUUCUGAAUUAAUUACUAUUAUGUAUUAAUGUUUGAAUGUGUGUGAUGUUUUAUAAUGUUGUUAUUAUUAUUAUAAUAAUAAACUCCUAAUCCCAAA